ACAACCCAGCGGGCACAGGCAGGGAGAGGCGGCACUGCACAGCACCGGCGGGUAAAAAAACGAGGAAGUAGGACGAUGACGGAGCAGCAAACCGUCUUCGAGCAGCUCGAGAGUGGGCGGAGUCAAGGGGAGAUGGGCGACACCUACAAGGUGGUGCUCUAUGAGCUGGAGAACUUCCAGGGCCGGAAGGCAGAGCUGUCAGCGGAGUGUAAGGAUGUGAUGGAGAGCGGCUUGGAGAGGGUGGGCUCCCUGCUGGUGGAUUCCGGCCCCUGGGUGGGGUACGAGCGCCGCAGCUUCGGGGGCGAGCAGUUUGUCCUGGAGAAGGGGGAGUAUCCUCAUUGGGAUGCCUGGACCAGCAGUCAGAAGAGCUGCUCCCUCCAGUCUCUGAGACCUCUGAACGUGGAUGGAGGCGAACACAAACUCCAGCUGUUUGAGAGCCCGGGCUUCACUGGCCGACACAUGGAGGUGGUGGACGAUGACGUGCCCAGCCUGUGGGGUCAUGGCUUCCAGGACCGUGUGGCCAGUGUGAAGGCCAUCAAUGGAACCUGGGUGGGCUACACCUACCCGGGCUACAGGGGGCGCCAGUUUGUGUUCGAGCAGGGCGACUUCAAGCACUGGAACGCCUGGGACGCCACGGCACCGCAGGUGCAGUCGAUCCGUCGCGUCCGCGACAUGCGCUGGCACCGCAAGGGCACCUUCGCAGGCUGCAAGCUCACAGGAGAUGGCUCCGGGUGAGAGGACC